AUUCACUUAAAAUAUAAUCCUUCUUUAAAUGAUGAAGCUAAAUUUUACAACUUUGCUUUUGAUGGCACUUGUUCUUACUUCUUUCCUCAUUCCAGCCACUAUUGCUGGUUCAGAUUUCUGUGAUUCAAAGUGCAACUUUAGGUGUUCAAAGGCAGGACGACAGGACAGAUGCUUAAAGUAUUGUGGAAUAUGUUGUGCAGACUGUCACUGCGUUCCUUCUGGAACUAGUGGAAAUAAAGAUGAGUGUCCUUGCUAUAGGGACAAAAAAAACACUAAGGGAGGGCCUAAAUGUCCUUAAAUUUACUAUUAUUUUCUUCAAAUUGUUGUUUGUCAAACACAAAGAUAGAGGCGCAAAGCCUUGAUGUGCCAUGUGUUGUCAUGAAAUAAGGUUGAUUAUAAUAAUAAUAAAAAAAAACAAAUAAGAGAACAAAUGAGGCUCUUUUGUAUA